UCUUUCUUCGAAAAAAUUCAAGAUCAAACGACACAUACGCGUACACUGUACGCUUACACAUGGCUAACCACGUUGACCUUCACACUCUACACGUCUUGCACGUUCAUACAUCAUGACAAAGUGGAUACCCACAUGCUCAACGGCAUUGCGCAAAACGGGGACUAA